CAAUCAAUAGUUGUCUGUUGCUGUUCUAUUCUAAGCAACAGAAUAAAAAAGAAUUUCUCUGCAAUAACUGUAGUGAAAUAUUUCACCAGUGAGAAGGCUUUUGUUCCUAGAAAGGCUAAUUUAUAAAACAGUAUGCUUGCCUUUUAAUGUAAUUCAGUAUCAAAUUGAUUGGUAUCAGUCAUUUAUUCCUGCAAAAUAAAUGUCCUUUCAUUAAUGUAGCAAAUAGUUAACCUCCUCCUCCCCUUUUCUAUUCUGUUUUCCCAUCCCUAUUAAAAGUUUGUGCCUUGGGGCCUACCAGCAGGGCAUGCAAUACCUACAUUAAACCAAAUUUAAAAGUGAGGGUGCUCCUGCUGCUAACGUCCUCAGAUCACAGACAUGCAAAAUGAAGGAACUGGCAGGUGAAACUUUAAUGGUAGGAAGUGUAGACUGAAUACUUGGGGAAAAAACACAGUAGCUCUAUAUGACAAAAAAGUCCUAUUAGCAUUUAUGUAUUUCAAAAUGACAAGCUAGGCUAUUCUACAUAACCAUGGGGCUUUCUGCUUUUGUUCUAACUAACCUGUAAGUAUAGUACUCCUUCUGAUUUUUAUUCAAAUGGUUGUUACUAUUACAAUUGCUUAUUAUUUUAAAUGUUAAUAUAAUGCCUGUUGUUGUACUGCAUACCACAUGAUCAAUCAUUUCUCCACUUUAUGUACUAAUUUAAUAAAAUAUUGCGCACAUUUUAGACCUAGAUAGCUUGGGGAAGCAUAGGGAAUCACAUGCAUGUCUCUGGAAACAGGUACCCCUCUGCAAAUCAAGAGCGUUCCCAUGAAAUAGAGAAAGCCAUUAAAGGGAGUAUCAUAACCAUUCCUAUGCAUUAUGUCCUAGUGAAGUAAUGCUGAGGCCUGAAAAGAUUUGUGUGGAACUGGAGCCCAGUUUUACACACGAUGCAAUGGAAGUGAGUUCACUGGGAAACAGCAGAAGAAAGAGAAGUACCUGAAUCACUGUGAAGAUAUGAUUUCAAGUAAUGUGGGUUUUGAUUGUUUGUUUCUUUUAGUUAAAAUGAGUAUGUUGCCUCCAGUGAUUCUGCAAAGGCCACAUGGGCAUCCCACCUUCAUAGAGCAGACAGUUUGCCCACCAUUAGACUUUGCAAGGGUUCAUUUGAUCAAAGACAAAGAUGGCAUAGAUGAUUAUUUGGCGAAGAAUAUCAAAGGGCUGUCAAAACAAGAAGCUGCUGCUUGGAGGAAUUCAUACAAGAAGAACAUCUGCAUAGACAUGCUGCGACAGGGUUAUCACAAGUCCUUCUCCGAGCUCUUCACUCUGAUACAGAAGUGGAAUGCCUUGAGGGAGGCUGCAGGGCCUGGGUCAGCCAUAUGGCAGCAGAAGUCCCUGGAGGAACAGCCUGAUAAGCUGGAUCAGCUUUACCACUUCCUGACCAGGGCUGAGGCAGCCCAGCGAGCAGGGUGCUAUGAGGAAGUGUACAAUAACCAGCUUAACUUGGCCUACUGCUUUAAUGACCCUGAGGACAAAUGGUUAAGGAAUUACUUCUAUGAACAAUGCUUUAACACUGCUCAACUAAUAAAAAUUGAUGGUGGAAAAAAAGAAGCACAAGCACAUGCAGAUAUGGGUCUCAUCAGUGAGGAACAAGGUCAUAUCAUGAAAGCUGCUGAACACUAUGAAGCAUUUUAUGAGCUAACAGUGGGCUCAACGUGGAAGGAUGAGACAGGCCGUACGUACAAUUCACUGGCAUGUGAAUAUCUCUGGAAAAUUUAUACAAUUCUAGCAGACAAAAUGCUAGAAAAUGAAGAACACCAAAAGGCCAUCAAAACACUAAUAAAAGCUUUAAAAAUGGCAAAAGAAGGAGGUGAUAUGAAGAUGGAAGGAGAAGCGGCCUAUUGCUUAGGUUUAGCAUAUCAUUUUGCUGGAGAAGAACAGAGAGCAAUACCAAUUUUGAAUACCUCUGUAAAAAUUUUUACAGCACUAUGUGAUUCAUCUGGCCUAGGCAGAGCAUAUGAAGCUAUAGCCAAGAUUCUGGUAAGUCAGGGAAAAGUGUCUGAAACUGUCACGUACUUGGAAGAGUUUGUGAAGGUUGCUGAGAAUGCUCAUCUAAGCCGAAGCCUGCUGGAUGCAUGCGUAUUACUUGGGAAUCUUUGCAAUGAAAGAGGGAUCUAUAGUGAAGCUUUUGAAUAUUUCAGCCGAGCUUUUGAGGCAGCAAACACUUUAAGUAGUUUGCCCUUAGUGGAUGAAACAAAGACUUAUUAUGGCAUUGCAAGGGCUCAUAAAAUGAUGAUGGUGGUUAACAACCAUAUAGAAGCAGCAGAUCUCAUCAGCAUGAAGUACCUGCUGACAUGGAAGGAGAACAGAAGUGACGUGUGCACUGACCCUCUUACAGUCGAACUUAAUAAAGAAACAAGUGCCUCAAACCCCCUGUGAACCACUUUGAAAGACCAGUUCGGGAUCCUUCCAGAGCAUACCUGCUUACUUAAAGAAAAAAGCUGAUAACUGUAAAGAAUGAGUUCAGGAAGAUCCUUAAAGUCAUGCAAAAAAGUAAGAAAUUCAUGAAUUUCGAUAGGAAUUGUCAUUGUCAUUUAAAUAGGAGCGCAUUGUUGCAGUAUAAAUAUCUGACAGCCCUGUGUUCUUGUGUGACUGCUGUGUGGCUCAACGUGUCACAUGUAUUUUAUCAAAAAUAGCUGGUCAUUGAAAUAAACAGAAAAAGAGAAGAGUAAUACAGAAGAAAAAGUUUCCUGUUUUUGCUACUAUUACUUAUUGUCUUCCAAUGUGUCAAAACCCUUCUGUUAAGAUACUAAGCAUGCUUUAUGCCCACUGAAGUGAAUGGGAAUCCAAGAUUCUUGAUACUUGGUAAGAUCUGGUUCUAAAAGUAUCUGCAGAAUAUUCUGUAAAUCUCAGAUUAUUGUCCCGUUGAGAAAACUCCAAGCUUAAUGCCUUGUACAUGGGGCUUUCAGUGAUUUUACCAUGGGUGCAGCUGGAACUCAACGAUAACAUGAACAGAACAGAUCCAGCCCAGGUGCACACUGAAGUACGGUUUUGAUCUAAUUUAUAACACAAGCUGGACCUGAAACACAAAUCAGUUUGUUUAAGCUCUAGUCGAGCACAUUGAUGAAACUGUGGAAGACCUGUCUAGUCAAAGCGUUCAAAGUGCCAUUGACUGUCUCACGUGAAACGACAAUCUAUAGACACAACUGAAAUGAGCAUGUUUCACAAUGAAGGUGCAUGCGACAGAGUACCUGUAUGUCACAUUUUCAAAACCGUAUCCAAAAUUGUCCCCAUGAAGCCUGUGUUCGUUCACACAAUCAGGUAAAGCAAAAAUCUACUUAGACUGCUUCUGACAAAUAAUCUGAAGCCCGGAUUCCUGUUUUGGAGUCUGUAUGGAGAAGUCUCUCCUAUUUUCAGCUGAUGAAAUUCUCAACGGUGGGUUGCCCUCAUGACCCGCAGCAGUCUGACUCCUGCAGUCUUCACCACAGAGGACUUUUUCCAGCAACUGUCACCCUUGGCCUGGAGAACAGCUAAAGGACAGGAGAUGGCAGUUGGCACUUUGCAAAAUACAUGUCAAAGCAGGAUUCAGGACCUGAUUUGAAUUUAAUUUAGGAAAAUUGAUGCUGGCUUUCAUAUUUUGCAUGUUCUUCCAAAUUACAAAAGCAAAGGUUUAUGAAUGCAAAUAACUGACCUCUCCUCUCUAGAAAGGAACGUUUCCAGAUUCAGAGUUUGAAACAGGCUCCAUUAGGCCUGUAAUCAGUUUUUAUGACGGUCUUCGAGCAGGAAAUAGCUUUUGCCGUAGUAGUAACUCAAUCCACUGGUUUUCUUCACUGGUUGACAUGUGACAGUAGGAUUUCUGCCUAUUAAAACAUGGUAAAAAGACAGCAUUAACAAGUUCUCAUUCGACUCCAAUCUCGAUGUUCAUUUAGAAUGUUUGCAAAAGGCUGAAAAGUUGUCUAGGAAUGUUCCUAGCUACACCUAUUCACACACGUAAGCAUACAAAUCUCCUUACUGAAUGUUAUGCUGAGGUAAAAAAUUCAAGAAGACAAAGAAGGGAAACAGGACCGUAAAGUAAAUAUAAACAUUAACACUAUCCAGUUGUCCCCUUAUAUUUGUGUUAUCGAUAUGAAAUACCAGAAGUAUGGUAAAAGCAAUACAGUGACUUCACCAAUAACAUGUGAAAAUCACGUUAAUCUGAAAACUCUCCUAAUCUUGAUAAGCAUAGGAAGACUGCUGGAAGAGGUUGCUACUUGUAGGUAUUUGUAAUUCCUCUCUUGCCAGAAAAUUAGCAAAAGAAAUGGAGCAUUUGAAUUUAUCCCUUUCAGUUAAAAAAAAGCAAAAAACGAUAAGCCCAAUUCACAUUCUAGAAAAGCAGAUUAUCUUUUUUUUUAAGGGCGAGUUCCUAAAUUCUUAACAGUUUUGAACCUCAUUUACCUUUCUGCAGCAACUGAACAUACUAUGUAUUUGUGUCCCAGAAGUUACUAUGCACUUACAUUAAAUAGCAUCCAUGAUGACUAUUUUUUGCCAGUCUACACUACUUACUAAGUGUUAACUUUCGUAUGUUUACGAAAAAAUGAUCACAAAUACAUCCUCUAGAAGAUUAGCUCUCCCAUACAUUUUGAUAGUAAUUUUUUUAGUCAUAAGGCUUUUAAUAAGGGGACUUUUAUUAUCCUGCAGUGAUGUAGGUUGAAGUCUUGAUCUUCACAGUCAGGAAGUUCCAGUAGACAGUGCUGUUUACUGAGUACCUCCCGCCCAUCCCUGUAACUAUUUGGCUGCCAAAGCACUACCUGCUGGGCAGAAAGCAGCCACGGGUCUGCUCCUUGCAGAGUUUUUAGCAGGAAAAUGAAAGCUCUGCUUUCCAGUUUAAACUAAUGGGGCAAGGUGGUUAGGCAGAAUCUAGUUCCAUACAUUAUAAUUUGAACAGGAUCCUGGACUCCUUCCCUACUCUUGGACACAGGCAGAGCUCCAGCGAUAACAGAGAGGCCUCGGAGUAACGUCUCACACGAUAUAGCUGAGAGCGCAAAGCUCACUGUUACUUGGCCGCCAUACUGACUCAGUAUUUCUUUAGAAGAAAAAUCACCACUUACUGAAUUACCAGCACUUCUUCCAGCAUCAGUUUUUCUUUGGUGAUCUCUUGCCAGACAUAGUCCUGCUCAUAAGAACUGCUGAGAUCAGGGCUCAAGUUAGUAUAAUGGAAAUUCUUUCCUUUGUCUCUUUAUGUGGUGGAUUCUAUAAUGUCUUUAAGGAGCUCUUCAUAUGGAACAGAAUCAUUCUUCACCCCGCCUGGCUCAUUAUCACUGUAAUUCUUUCUCCAAGUUUUUCCAGAAAGCCUCUAAUCCCUUGUCCCUUAGGACAUUGCAAACAGAAAAGAAUACUCACAACAGAGUAUGAAUCGCAGUUCCAGGUUUUUCUGUGCUCUGAGAAAUUGUAGAAAUACUUGACGUUAAUGAAAUGUUGAAAGCAGGUAAAUCAGUUUAACCCGUGAAGCCAGUUGUCUGUGGCACAACAUCAUAGACUUGUCAAACAUAGUACAGCAAAUCAGCUUCUGAAUAGUUCUGAAAUGGUAAUGUUGCUGUCUUUAGAAUACGUUAUGGGAGACUUGGCAAUUAAAACCGCUUCUUGGCUAAGAUUUUAGUGAGCUUUGUUGUGGAUGUAUCAGAUGGUAUAUUUAUUGGCUAACAAUUCAUAGCAGAGGGGAAAGUUGCGCCUCAGAAAUGAAUCUGCUUAUAAUUAUGAAAAGCAUCUUUUCUGAACAUUAGUGAGGUGUGUCUUGUUAAUUAUGAUGAUAUAUAGAAGGUAUUUCACCAUCUACCUGUGAAGCCAUUUGGAAAAUUAACGUUUGUGUCAUAGAAAGGUCAUCACCAUUCUGGAAGUAAUAGAUUCCUCUCUAAAUAGUCCAUCCAAAUGCAGACUAAGAAAUAAACUACAUAUACAUAACUGCAUACCUAGAAAUAGAUGGAAUAAAUAAGAUUGAUGAUAGAUAUUACGAAAGCCAUGUUUUAGUUUCCUGUUAGGAAAAAGUAGAAAGUAACUGGAAGAAACAAUAAUACACAUGUAAAAAUGCAAGAAAUAGGUUAAAGUCGUAAGUAGUUACGUGAGAGUCAGCUGUUACACAAGGUCAGAACUCAUCAGCCUUCAUAAGUGAUAUAUAUCAAGGACUUUGUCCUGAGUUCAGUCAGGUAUUUGGGAAUACAACUCCUACAAACAAGGGAAUGAGGACCACAGGUUUUUUUUCAAAUCUGUCCUGUUUGAUAGCAUAGUGUAUCUCUAUAUAGCAUUCUGUGUAUCUCUAUAUUUUCCACAUUUUUGCCUCCAAAUAGA